AUGCGCAAGAAGCUGCGAGUGUGUAAAAAUAAACCGCAGGAAUACGCGUGUAAAGCCUUUGUUUCCGUGGCAAUGUGCGUUUCUUGCGGUUUAUUUUUACACACUGACUGGGUUGAAGAAGCAAUAGCAAAAGGCAUAGGACAAAUUGUUGCCGUUACGGGAACAGAUGCACAAAAACUAAAAAAAUCGAUGGCAGAGGCAAAUAUUGAAACAUUAUUGGAACCGUAUAGAGCUGCCGUUAAAGAACAAGGCGAUAUUGUCAAAAAAUUGAAAGAUAGUAAAGGUGAUGAAAUUGAACUGAAAAAAGCUGUCAGUGAAUUAAAAAUCAGAAAAAAGAAACUUGAAGAUCAGAUUACAAAAUUAACGCCAAAGGAACAUGUGAUAGAUCGUUUAAAAAUGGAAGAUCUAUUGAAACGACGAUUUUUCUAUGAUCAAUCAUUUUCUAUCUACGGUGGAGUGACUGGUUUAUACGAUUAUGGACCAAUGGGUUGCGCUAUUAAAGCCAAUGUACUAGCAGAAUGGCGUCGACAUUUUAUAUUAGAAGAACAAAUGCUUGAAGUUGAUUGUUCAAUGUUAACUCCGGAAAUUGUGUUGAGAGCAUCUGGUCAUGUAGAACGAUUUUCUGACUAUAUGGUAAAAGACGUUAAAACUGGUGAAUGUUAUCGUGCCGAUCAUCUAAUUGAAGGUGAAAUACUAACUAAUCUUAUAAUUCAGUUACUAAUGACUGGAUUUAUUUUAGGUCAUUUAGAAAAAUUGUUAAAAGCAAAAGAUAUUAAUAAUGAGAAAAAAGAUGAAAUUGAAAGACUCCUACCACAAAUUGACAAUAUGAAAUCAACCGAUAUGCAUGCAACUAUUCAAAAGUAUAACAUGAAAGCACCAUUGACAAAUAAUGAUUUAUCCGAACCAGUUGCAUUUAAUUUAAUGUUUGCAACAUCGAUUGGUCCCACUGGACAAAUUAAAGGUUUUUUGCGUCCAGAAACAGCGCAAGGAAUGUUUGUGAAUUUUAAACGUUUAUUAGAAUUCAAUCACGGACGUUUACCAUUUGCCGCUGCACAAAUCGGUAAUUCAUUUAGAAAUGAAAUAUCGCCAAGAUCUGGUCUUAUACGAGUCAGAGAAUUUACAAUGGCUGAGAUUGAACAUUUUGUUGAUCCCGCUGACAAAACUCAUCCAAAAUUUGAUGAUGUAGCUAAUUUAGAAAUAACUUUAUAUUCUGCUACAAAUCAAAUGAAUGGUCAACCAGCUCAAUUAACGAACCUUGGUCAUGCUGUUGAAUCUAAAUUAGUUGAUAAUCAAACUUUAGGUUAUUUUAUUGGACGAAUUUAUUUAUUUUUAACAAAAUGUGGUGUGAAUAAACAACGUCUACGAUUUCGACAACAUAUGAGUAAUGAAAUGGCACAUUAUGCUACAGAUUGUUGGGAUGCUGAAUGUCAAACAACAUACGGUUGGAUUGAAUGUGUUGGAUGUGCCGAUCGAUCAUGUUACGAUUUAACACAGCAUACAAAAUUUAGUGGAAUAAAGUUAGUAGCCGAAAAACCAUUACCAGCAUCAAAAAAAGUUAUAGUAAAUGACAUUUCAACACAGAAUAGUAUUAUUGGUAAAGAAUUUAAACAAGAUAAAGAUAUUGUUAUGAAUUAUUUGAAUAAAUUAUCGCAUGAUGAUGCAAAAAAUUUACAUGAAAAAUUAAAUCAAAGUAAUAAUACUCAAAUUAAUAUUGAUGGUAAAGAAUUUAAAAUUACACGACAGAUGUUUGAAUUGAAAACGUCUGAAAAAAUUGUACAUGUUGAAGAAUAUGUUCCAUCUGUUAUUGAACCAUCAUUUGGUAUUGGUCGAAUUAUGUAUGCCAUGUGGGAACAUAAUUUUGUUGUAAGAGAAGACGAUGAACAACGAACAUAUUUUACUUUACCGCCAAUCAUAGCUCCAUACAAAUGUGUUGUAUUACCAUUAAGUGGAAAUAAUGAAUUCAAAUCGUUUGUUAAACUAAUUUCUUCUUCACUCACUCAAGCUGGUAUAUCACAUAAGAUUGAUACAAGUUCAGGUUCAAUUGGUAAACGUUAUUCUCGAUCAGACGAGAUUGCUAUACCAUUUGCAGUUACAAUUGAUUUUGAUAGUUUAAAACAACCGUAUACGGCUACAUUGAGAGAGCGAGACUCAUUUAAACAAAUACGAUUAAAGAUUGAUGAGCUGGCAAAUGUUCUUCAAGGACUCUCAACUGGUACCGUGACAUGGGGUGUAGUAACAUCCAUGUAUCCUGAAUUCAAAGAACAACAAGCAACAGCAGCAAAAGAAGAUUCGAUAAAUGAAUAA